AUGUUGAAUCAAAGGAAAUAUAUACCGGAUCUUCUUAAGUAUCAGAAUUUGGAGAAUUGCAAUCCUGCUCUUUUUCCUAUGAGCAUAGGUAUGAAGCUUAGUCAGGAUGAUGGGGUUUUGCUUUCAGAUCCAGAGGUUUAUAUUAGAUCAUCCCAUUUGACUGAUGCAAUACAUGUUCUCAAAUACUUGAAAGGCACUCUCAAUCAUGGUUUGUUCUAUCCUGCUAAUUCUGAAUUCAGAUUGAGUGCCUAUAGUGACGCUGAUUGGGGCACAUGUGCUGAUACUGCAAGGUCUUUGACUAGCUAUUGUGUCUUUCUUGGGAAUGCCCUGGUCUCUUGGAAAACAAAGAAGCAGAAAGCAGUUUCCAAGAGUUCUACAGAAGCAGAGUAUGGAAGUAUGAGUCACACAACUUAUGAAUUAGUUUGGUUGGAAAGAUUAUUGCAUAAGUUAUCAUCAGUUGAAGUUCCAACUCCUAUUUUUCUGUAUUGUGACAACAUUUCUGCUUAG